AUGAACGGCUACCCCUACUCGUCCCAGCCCUACGCGGAUGGGACGAGCAACGGCGGCGGCCUGAUGGAUCUCGGCGGCGGCGACAUGAGUGCCUACGGCCCUGGCAGCAUCGAGGGGCAGUCGCUCGAUGACAUCGUCUCGCAGAACGACAGCGUGAACCGCCGACGGAGCAUGCCCGUGUACGCGCGACAGCCCCAGCAACCGCACCAGCAGCCGCACCAGCAGCCGAUCAUCCAGAUGACCAGCCCGACGCGCAGCCUGUCCAUAAUGAAUUUUGGCGAUCCAAACGGCGGCUCCCUGGACGACUUCGCCUUCGACAUGUCUGCGUCGGGCAUGGAGCAAAUGAUGCGCAGCAACACGUUCCCCAGACCCACCGCUGAUAUGCAGCCCGGCGCCGAUCUCGCCGUCAAGACCCAGUUCAGCAACGCCGCCUCGCCCUUCUCCACCAUGGCCGCGCCUGGCUCCAAUUACGCCUCGCCCAUCCACGCGUCCGCAGAUCUCGACAUGGGAAUGAGCCCCUACCCCAACGGUAUGAACAUGUCGCUGGACAUGGACGACUCGCUCAACAGCAUGAUGCAGUCAGACAUGAACAUGUUCGGCAACAACCACUUCAAUCCCCAGAUGAUGGACUCUCCUGUCAACAUAAACCCCACACCUAUCAACCCGGGUACUGAUUUCAUUGGACCCUUGCCUGCACCUCGGCGAGCGUCUAACAUGAACUGCGGCCACUUCAAGAGCCCUUCUAUGAGCAAUACGCCAGACGGCCGAUCUGGUCCAUCUCUUCCCAGCCGUCAGAAUAGCCAUGGCCAGCAAGACCAGAGCAGAUCUAGCAGGGAGCAAAGUCAGCACGGUCAACGUCCCGAUACCAGCAACGCAAAUAGCGCCACUCAACUGAGUCUGAGCUCGCUCGAAAAUCAGCGGCCAAUAGCACAGGACCCUACAGAAAACAUAUCCCACGACAAUCUGGAGCACAUCAAGAACAAGAAACUACCGUGGCAAGAGGGGCCCGGCGGAUUCCCGUCGUUAAUGCACCCCAAACCUCACACGGAGAUACAGUUCAAGAAUGCUUACUCCUCGUCUGGGUUCGACAUGCUUGGCGUUCUCAUGCGAGUAGCCACGAGACCGAACCCGCAAAUCGACAUUGGCUCCGUGGACUUGUCGUGUGCUUUUGUCGUGUGUGACGCUGACAUGGACGACAUUCCAAUCGUUUACUGCUCGGAGAACUUCGAACGUCUUACGGGUUACACAAGGCACAUGAUCCUUGGCAGGAAUUGUCGAUUUCUGCAGUCACCUGAUGGCAAAGUCGAGGCUGGCAUCAAGCGCAACUACGUCGACGACGAUUCGGUACUUUAUCUCAAGAACACUAUCAGCGCGGUGACCGAAGCACAGAUCAGUUUGAUCAACUACAGAAGAGGAGGGCAGCCGUUCAUGAACCUUCUCACCAUGAUCCCAAUAUCAUGGGAGCCCGGUGGAAAGGUCAAGUUCUUCGUUGGCUUCCAGGUCGAUCUCGUCGAGCAACCUGGUGCAAUGACGAACAAGAACUCAGAUGGAUCGUACAGAGUCAACUACCAACGUGGCAUGGGUAUGCCUAGCUAUGUCUUCAACGACGCUUCGAAACCCCAACCAGAACAGGGGCAGACCAUUUCCAAGGAUGAAGUGUCGAACGUAUUAGCAUCCUACAGUGGUUCAGGGGAUUCUGAAAUCACCCGACGCAUAUGGGACAAGGUCCUUCUUGAGAACACGGAUGAUGUCGUACACGUUUUAUCACUCAAAGGUCUGUUUAUGUACUUGUCACCAUCGAGCAACCGAAUCCUGGAGUACGACCCAAGUGAGCUCGUCGGAACCGCCCUUUCUUCUGUAUGCCAUCCUAGCGACAUCGUGCCGGUCACAAGAGAACUCAAGGAGACUACAAACGGCGGUUCCGUCAACGUAGUAUUCCGCAUCCGAAGAAAGAAAAGCGGAUACAUGUGGUUCGAGGGCCACGGCUCAUUGCACACCGAGCAGGGCAAGGGCCGCAAAUGUAUCAUCCUGGUUGGUCGCGAACGUCCAGUCUACACAUUGAGCAAGAGUAUCGUCCGCGAAUCUGGCGGCAUUGGUGACAACGAGCUGUGGACAAAGAUGUCAACCUCCGGAAUGUUCCUGUUCGUCUCAUCGAACGUGCGCCAAUUAUUGGACCGACAGCCAGAGGAACUUGUGGGGAUGAGCAUGCAGUCACUCAUGCGCCAGGAUUCUAAGAUGAACUUCGGUCGAAUACUGGAGCUCGUAAGAGGUGGAAGGAAAGGAGAGGUCAAGCAUGAGAUGAUCAACAAGAGGGGGCAGGUGCUGCAGGCUUUUACCACAAUGUACCCCGGAGAUGCUACGGAAGGUCACAAACCAACAUUUAUUGUUGGGCAGACUCGACUCUUGAAAUAUUCGAGGAACAGCAACGGUCAGCGACCUUCGAUCUACCAGACGAAGGAGCAGAAUUUGCAAAGCUCGGUACAGCCGCGGCUCAGCAGCGCCUCAUCUAUGCCUGGUUCCAUAUCUGGUGCCGGCUCCAUGGUCGCAUCACCGAACCCACACUUUAACACUACAGAGGCACACGGCACUACAUUUGCCGGUCACAAUGGGCUGACAAUCGGUCACCAGGAUCAGAGCUUGGCGUCAGACGACAAUGUAUUCGACGAGUUGAAGACCACACGAAGCACCAGCUGGCAAUAUGAACUUCGUCAAAUGGAGAAGCGCAACAGGUAUCUGGCUGAAGAGGUGCAGAGCCUGUUGGCAGCGAAGAAGAAGAGGAAGUGUAGAAAGGGUGCUGGACAAAUGCAGAAAGACUGUGCCAACUGCCACACGAGGACAACACCCGAGUGGCGGAGAGGACCAUCUGGUAACCGAGACUUGUGUAACUCAUGUGGACUGCGGUGGGCCAAGCAGCAAGGCCGUGUGUCACCCCGUACAUCCUCCGCGGCGAGUGACAAGAGCAAGAAGAGCAAUACUUCGCCCCGACACAUGCAGAACGUCCAGUCCAUCAUGCCUCACACCAUUCCCGAGACCGGUCAGCCGUUCUCUGUCAAAACGACACUCACACCAUCCUCGAAGCGCACGCCUGGAAACGCGGAGAUCGACGAUCACCAUGCUGCCAAGCAUGCGCGUGCUGAGGUCGCGGUUUCACAGGGUUUCGUCCCACCACCGAAGAUUGACGAGGAGUAA